AUGAACAUAGCUCAGGGAAUCGUAAGAGGCAGUCUGCAGUCGCUAGAAGCCGUUUGCAAGGCCGUCUGUCACUUAGUGUGGCAGCCGGCCGCCGUCUCCAAAGCUGCUACUCAUGAAGGGCAGAUUAUUUGUCACACACAAAAUCUCCUCCCCGCAAAACAAAGUAAAUUCGAAAGUUUAUUCUCCCUCCUGGAUUGGAUCACCGGAGGCGGACGCAGCGGCGGUGGUGCUGAUAAGGAGAUAGCCAAGGAGAAAACAGUAGUGGAAGCAAAGCCUCAUCAUCCGGACGAUUUCCAUGUCUGUGGUCCUCGCAAUGUGUCUCGCCCUAAUUGGAGAGACCUGAUCAGAUCAAGUUGGAAGAACGACAAGUACAAAAGAAGUGUGAUUGCUUGCUUCACGCAUGCAAUGUACUUGCUGGAGAUGGAUAGACAAGAAAAGAGAGAAGCAGCCUCAGCUGUUGCUCCCAAGUGGUGGGAGCGCUUCAAGUAUAAGCUUACCAAGACCCUUGUGGACGAAAGAGAUGGAUCGAUUUUCGGCGCAAUUCUGGAAUGGGAUCAAUCUGCAGCAUUUGGUGAUUUUGUUGUCAUGAGACCAAGCGGCGCAUCAAGAGCGGUUUUAGCUCUUAGAGGCACAUUGCUUAGGUUUCCGACGAUUAGAAGGGACAUAGAAGAUGAUCUUCGUUAUGUUGCUUGGGAGAGCUUGAAGGGUUCUGUUAGAUUUGGAGUCAUUUUAAAGGCUUUGAAAUCAGUAGCUGAGAAGUAUGGAAGUGACAAUGUGUGCAUUGCUGGCCAUUCAUUAGGAGCUGGGUUUGCUCUUCAAGUGGGAAAGGCAUUGGCUAGACAAGGGAUGUAUGUAGAGACUCAUUUGUUCAAUCCGCCUUCGGUUUCGAUAGCACCGACUUUGAGGGAUAUUAGAGAGACAGCGGGAUUUGUUUGGAACAGGUUUAUGUCAAUGCUUCACUUGAGGAAUGAUCAAAGUGUUGUUGAAGUUAAACAAAGUGAAGUAGUAGUUGGGGAUACUGAGAGGAGUACUAUUGAUUUUGGGUUGAAGAAGUGGAUACCAAGCUUUUCGGGUUUGAUGAAUCGCAGUGGGGGUUUGAGAAAAUGGUUGCCUCAUCUGUAUGUGAACAAAAGUGACUACAUCUGUUGCUAUUAUGCUGACCUUGACGAGGGAAUAGAAGGAAACAAUGCUGGUGAAAAGAAGAACGUGUGUCGGAUAACAAAUGGGCAAGUAGCAGCCAAGCUGUUUGUGAUGCCGAAGCGAAAUCAAAGGUUUCUAGAGGCACAUAGUUUAGAGCAAUGGUGGUCUGAAGAUUUGGAACUUCAGAUGGCUCUCCGUAACAGUAAGCUUAUCAGCAGGCAACUGAGAUCCUUGUAUAGCGUUCCAGGUCCUCAACUAGCACUUGCUAGAUAACAAGGGCUGCUUGGUUUCAUUACUUGAUAAAUAAAUUGUUCUUUGGACAUGUUACUUUAUAUCAAACAAUUAAUUC